AUGGACGGAACACAAUGUGAGUAUUGGUGUAAUCGGCUAUGUGAUGUUGGAUUGGAUUCGAAACAGAAGACAAACACUGCAAUUGAAAUUCGAGAUGCAUUGGACGAUGUAUUACUUAGUCAAAGAAGAGUUUUUGAACCUUUGAAACCUCUAUUGGAAGCAAUUAUGAUGCUUCUUGAGAAAGAACAACCUGUCUUUUCAUCCUUAGCAGCUACUCACCGGCUUCGCAUUACCUUACUAGAAGUACUCAAGAAAAUCUCAAUGUACAAUGAGUUCGAAGCUUGGGUUGACAGAACCUUCAAGCUGCUCUUGCCAAUUAUAGUCAAUGAUAAUGAGGAAAUGGUUGUUUUAGCUCUAAAACUAAUAGUUCAUUUAUUCAAAGACUUUAGUGUAGCUUCUAAAGCGCAUGUGAACGAUUUUUUAAGUCUUGUUGCCGAUGCUUACAAUUCAAUGCCUUCUGUCAUUGCAGAAGCUGUCCCUUCACGGUCUGGCCCAAGUACUCCCUCCUCUCAUCCUGCCUCUGGGCCUUUAUCUGCUUCUCCUACAGAAAUUGGCUUUGAAUCUACAGGUUCAAAACUCAUCCCUAAAGCUUCCUUAAGCUUUAAAAUGCUUAAUGAAUGUCCUGUUAUAGUGUUUCUCUUAUUCCAAUCCUACAAAGACUUAAUUCCGAAAUGGUUACCUAUACUUGCAUCCCUAGCUGUCCAAUUUAUAUCUCUUCGUCCAACGCCGCAAGCCGAGGCUCAUAGAUUAGCUGCCUCCCAAAAUGAAGUUUUUUCCGGUGUCGUACCGUCUUUGCGACGAAACUCUCAAUAUAACGAUCUGAUGUCUGCCCAAGUCAAAUCCUUUUCUUUCCUUGCAUAUUUAAUCCGUGGUUUUGGCCCAUCUUUAAAACAGUUCGAGAGUUCGAUUGCCCAUUGCACAAUGCAAUUAUUCACUGAUUGCCCUUCCGAGUUAUAUCAUACAAGGAAGGAACUGCUUGUCGCUACAAGGCAUAUUCUCUCGACGGAUUAUUUGAGAAGUUUCAUUCCUUACAUAGACCAAUUGUUGGAUAUUAAAAUUUUAGUUGGCCAAGGUGUAAGUGCUCAACAUUAUUUGAAGCCAAUGGCGUUUAGUACAUUGGCUGAUUUGCUUCAUCACGUACGGAUGGAUCUUACACCGAACCAAGUGUACAAAGCUAUAAAUAUUUAUUUUGGCGUUAUUAUGGAAGCAAGUUAUACUUCUGCAAUACAAGCCAUGGCUACGAAAUUGAUUCUAAACAUGAUAGAGACAAUUGUUGCCUUUGACGACUUUUCAGUUCGUCGUCCUCUUUUGUUUGUAAUACUUAAUAAUCUUCUGAGGAAGCUUCAACUCCUUAAUUUUGAUUUGGAACAACUUCAAAAUAAUGUGAAAAAGCCUGAUGAUGUUGAUGAUGUUAACGAUAAAGUCCAUGAUUUACCAAUGUUUAGGAACCCGAGCGCUUCACCGGAAGUUUCUAUACCGGACAAGAUAAAAGAUCGGCUGUUCCUAUUUAAAAACAUCGUACUUGGAUUGAAAACGGUUUUUUAUGGAUUAAAACAAUGUAAUUUGCCUGUCCCAUCUGGAUCAAUUUUUACGCAGCAAGAAUGGUCGUCAAAGUUACAUUUUGGCUCAAGAUUUGAAUUAGACAUUAUAAGCGAUUUACUCAUUGAAUGCUUAAAAGGUUUCCGAUAUUAUCAAGUUGAAGAGUCCGAGGAUUUUAUUAAAAGUGAAAAGUCUGUUUCUUCUUCUCAGGAACCAGUAUCUAUAGCCCAAACAACAAAGUUGGUGGAACAAAAAGAACUUAUAGAGGUUCUAGCAACACUGUACAUCCGUAUGGAUCCUUCAAGUUUUGUUGAGAUUUUGGAAACCACUUUUCCAAAAGUUUUUGAUUGUUUAGUUGAAAAUCUUGCGUUGUUGCACUUGAUUCAGUCAUGGAUGACAGCCGAGUUAACUUCAGUGAACUGUACAAACAUUGUCCUCUCUUUUUUAUGCAAAAACAUUUUGAAAGUUGGCACUGAUCAAUCUUCGGAAAUAUCUGUCUUACUUCGUUUAUUUAAGCUUGCGUUUAUGACCGUUAAUGUUUAUCCGGAAAGAAAUGAGGAAGUAUUACAUCCCCACAUUUCGUUUAUAAUAUCUAGUUGUUUAGAAUCUUCUGCUAGUGCUUCACAUCCUUUGAAUUAUGCCUAUCUGUUAAAGGCUCUGUUUCGAAAUAUCAGUGGAGGCAAAUUUGACUCCCUUUAUAAAGAAAUCUUGCCAUUACUGCAACUAAUGUUAGAAUCAUUUAAUAGGUUAAUGUAUACUGCUACCCUUACUUCUCACAAAGAACUUUAUGCUGAGCUCUGCUUGACGUUGCCUAUUAGAUUAAGUGUUCUUCUUCCCCAUAUGAAUUAUCUGAUGAAGCCUCUUGUCAUUGCGUUCAAAGGCUCUCCCGAAAUUGCUAGUCAGGGUCUUCGAAUUUUUGAAUUAUGCUUGGAUAAUCUCACUCAGGAAUUUUUUGAUGCUCUGUUGGAACCUAUAAUGUCUGAUUUAUUAUCAUCACUAUGGAAUCAUUUACGUUUAACUCAAUCAAAUAUGCACUUACACCAAAGUGCGGUUCGGAUUUUAGGAAAAAUGGGUGGAAGAAACCGACAGAUUUCCAUUGGUACAUUUGGGUUUGAUAACAUUAAAGGACCGAGCGAUCUCUCAGCAUUAAAAUUUUCGUUCUUCAACUCGAAUAAAUCAAUGGACUUUCAUUUUUCCCAGUACUUGUUUGCUGCUUCUUCGACUAUAUAUGAUCAAAAGUCAUCCCAAACCGAGAAAUCUGAUGCAUUUCGAUUUUUAAAGGGUUCUUUGUUAGCCCUUUUUGAAUCUUCUGUCGACCCCAAUACCAUAUGGGAUAAAGUGCAUACAAUCUCCUGUAAUUUGGCUGAACUUUUAAGCGAGCAAAUUGAGAAUAUAAACGUUUAUGGGUUAGGUCCUAUAAAAAAUGAGAAGUUUUAUCAACAAACCUUAGUUGUAUCUACAAUUUUUAAGUCUUUGAUUGAAGCUCAAGCGUUCAGCAAUUUCAAAGAUGAAGCCGGUUUUGUUCUUCAACGUUCAGCUGAAUGGAUUGUAAUUUCCAGCGUAUUAAGGUUUUAUGAAAACUUGGCUUUAAAAGAUCAGCAGGAAGUAUUUAUAAGGGAAGCGAAUUCAAGCUAUCUUGACAUUACAAGUUUUAUUGAUGGAAUUUUACUCUCUCUGUGUUCCGAAAAUACUACAACAAGAGAAAAUUCGUUGGCUUUGAUGAAUCACUAUUUAGAUACGCAUAAAGUUUUGAUGGAUUGUGAGUCCAAUAUUUGGAAACUCCCUAGCUUCCAGCAGCUUUUUAGAACGUUGUGUCAAUAUUGUUAUAUGGAAUUAUGGUACCAGAAAAAUGCUGGAUUUUUAGGGCUAAGGGCUUUAUUUUCAUGCACAUUAGAUAAAAGGCAUUGGCUUGAAUAUAAACUGACAGAAAUACUGAGAGCCUUAUUUUUUAUUUUGAAGGAUACUCCAUCAAACUUUGGCGUUCUACGGCUAGCUGAAGUUCAGGAAUUUGUAAUUGAUGUGGUAAGACAAUACUGCACCGACAAUGUUGCUCACCUUGAAGAUAAACUUAAACAUAUAUCUUCAAUUUUUAUGCCCUUUUGUCUCGAAUUACCCCAUCCAAAUGAUCAAAUACGUGCAACGGUUAAGCAAUUAAUUGAAACUAUUUCAAAAGAUUGUGGGAUUACUAUUGAAACCCUCUUAUCUCCUGCGAAAGAAGCAUUACUGGGUCCUAUAUUUGGAAAGCCGUUGAGAGCGCUUCCGUUUACAAUUCAGAUUGGACAUAUAGACGCCAUAAAUUACUGUUUACAGCAGGCUCCAUCAUUCCUGGGCUUAAGCGAUGAAUUGAUUAGAUUGUUUCGAGAAACUAUAGCGUUAGCUGAUGCAGAAGACGAUGCUUUAGUUACGAUGUUGAAAACUUCACAAAGCAAAGAUACAUCGUCGUUAAGAAAGUUGCGGGCUACCUGUUUACAAUUACUUUUUUCUUCUCUGGUAACCUUGAAAUUUGACCAUCCUCAACAUUUCCCAACGAGAACUAAAAUAAUUGCAAUCUUCUUUAAGUCUUUGUAUUCAUCUCAACAAGAUAUAUACUCUGUGGCUAUGUCUGCGUUAAAAUAUGUGUUGUCCCAAAAUCAAAAACUACCGAAAGAAUUACUUCAAAGUGGCUUGCGACCUAUUCUGAUGAAUUUAUCAGAUCACAACAAGUUAUCUGUUAAUUGUCUUGAGGGUCUUUCUAGGCUGUUAAGACUGCUGACGAAUUAUUUUAAAGUUGAAAUAGGUCGAAAAUUAUUACAACACUUUUCAGCGCUGUCUGACACAAAUGAAUUGGAACGUUUGUCGAUUUAUUCCUUGAAUAGUAAUCAAAGGAUAGAUGUUAUUGUCACGCUCGUUAGUGUUUUUAAAGAUUUGCCUCCUUUAUCAGUGCAGUUUUUGGGUGACUUAAUAACAUCAGUGGGAAAUGUUGAAAAAGUUAUUCGUCGGUUUUUGUCAAGCCCAUUGAGACGCCCUUUAAAUAGUUUUUUAAAUUUUCAUGCUAAAGAUUCUUGGGUUUACGCUAUUAACCAUUUAAGCAACCCUGACAUAGUUGCCUGGCAUUUGCAAGCGUUGAAAGAUCCAGCAUGUGAUCAACUUCGUGAAAUUUCUGCGUCGUUUUGGGACAAGAUUGUUGAACUAGUUUCCCAAACUUUAAGUUCCGAUAACUUGACACCGAUAUUUGCGGUAAGCGUUAUGGAGGAAAUGUUUUCUAAUGUUGGCACAAUUUCAAAUGCGGGUGUCGUUUCUGCUAAGUUGAUUGUACUUUCCAAAUCUAUAUACGAAACGUUAAAUAAUUUCAAUGGUUGGGCGUAUCUUUGUCUUUCGUCUUGUUUGGAUUCAAUAACUAAAUUAUUGCUGUCAUUAUUGGAUUUAAUAGACAAAAAGUUAGAAUUUGCACUUGAGGUUUUUCGAUAUAAAGCGGAGGACAUAAAUAAUUUUUUGCCUACAUACAUUGAUAUUUUAUGUCAAUCUUUACUUGAAGGAAAUGCGUCUAGCAAAAAGAACGUUUUUCUUAUUUGCUCAAGCAUAUUGGCUGACAAAUCUGUAAGACCGUCUUUCAAGUCUUUUUUACUUGAAAAAGUAAUGAAUCCUCUUAUUUUUUCAGCUGUUCAAGAAAAUAAUUUUAUCGAUAAGGAAGUUGUUCACGCAGUAUAUAAUAAUAUAUGGCGUUUGUCUGUCCGCGAAGUUAGCGACAGUUUAACAACCUCGGAUUCUUUUCGAAUGGAAAUUCUAUGUUUGUCUACAGGUCUUUGUAAAUAUCAUUCUAAUAUGCUGAAUGAUUACAGAAAAAGCAUUAUAAUGUCAGCUUGGAAUUAUUUGAAAUCAGACGACCCGAUGGUGAAACAAGCUGCAUAUGCAGCCGUUUCUUGCUUUAUUGCUGUCUAUGAUACUCCUGCUAAAAUUGUUACCCCUGUAUACGUAUCCUUAUUAAAAGCAUACCAAUCGGAGGUUCGAUCAUUUUUGGAUUUUUCCUUGGAUUGUUUACUUCCUGUUUUAGUUACCCGUCUUCCAAGCCCAUCUGAUGCUUCUUUUCCUCUUUGGGCUAAGCUUCCGCGUCUUGUUUUAUCCGAGGACAUGCAAAAUAUCUCUCAGUCUUUAAAUGUUUAUCGAAUCAUUUGCAAAGCACCUGAUUUGUUUUUCAAAAACUCAAAACAUUUUGUUGUUCCAAUUAUUAAUGCAUUACCCAAGCUGGUUUCCUUAUCUGGUCAUGAACCUCGUUUUCUUGCUAUAGAUUUGGUCAAUGUUCUCUACCUAUGGCAGAAAAAGUUGCUUGAUUCUGAUACACCUAACAUGUCGUCUGAUACUAUCUUUCCCAUUUCUGUGAUUGAAACCGUACUAUCAUUUCUCAUUAAAUACCUGUCUUUUUUCCCGGAGCAAGUCGAGUCUGCCGGUUUGACCAAAAAAGCUCUGCAAACAUUUAGUCAGUUUUUGAAAAUUCCAAGAUGGGGUGAGUACAAUUUUGGCUGGGAUUUUUUUGAAAAAUUACUAGCUAAGACAGAUAAUGAUGAGAAAGCUGCUAUAAUCAUAGCGAAUUCAUGGCAAGUUUUGGGUGUAUAUUUGGAACAUAAAGACUUACAUUUUGUUCAAAGAGAGCAUACCAACAUAAUUAAAUUAAUAGACAAAAAUUUGAGGUCUGGAAGAUUGAAUAUUGCAUCUUCUCUUAAGAAGACUAUAAUUAUUUUACUAGAAAGUCGUCCAACUGUGGUCGAAGAUGAGGAAGAAGUUACGGAAGUAGAUGAGUUUAAGCAAUCUUUCACAUCACUUUUGCACGACAAUCUUUCAAAUAGUUCGAAUGUGGAAGCGACAAUUUGCUAUUUGCAAAUAUUACAAGAGGGUCAGCCCGAAUUAUUAGAUGCCUUGUUGACAGCAUUAAACAAAGUUUUUCAAAAAAUUGCAAAGGAUCAUAUAGUUGCUUCUUUACAAAAUUCCUAUCAAUCAGCGGUUAAGACGAAUGUUCCUGCUAUUAACGAUUCGGCAAACCUGCUGGUAGCAUUAAUCGAUAUUAUAAAAGUUAGAAUGGCUGCAUUGGGUGAUCAAAGGCGCUGGUUUUUAAGUGUUGUAGUUCAACUAAUUGAGAAAAGCGCCAGCUAUCAUCUUUGCUGCCAUAUUCUUAACGUAACCAAGGAAUGGGUAGUCAUAAAAAGGGAUUCAUUCCUCACGGUUAAGGAAAAAACAGCAUUAUUAUUAAAAAUGAAGACCUAUGAAGGAAGAUUUAAUAAUGAAUUGCAUAAGCAAGCGAAUAAUUUGGUAUCUUCGAUUUAUCGUGGUCCUGCUUUUGUUCAGACAGAACUGACGGCACGUUUAAAGCAGGCAUUUUUAUUAGCUACAACCUAUCGUGAUUUUGAAACAAGGUUAGAUUUUAUGACUAUUCUUGACUCUAGCAUGUCACGAAAUGCUUACUCAAGGUUAAAGUAUAUUGUUGAAGCCAGUAGUUGGGAUUCAAUUCCAAACUUUUACUGGAUCAAACAGGCUAACUACAUAUUGCUUGGUGCAAUUAAUACAGAUGAUAAAGUUAUUUUGUCAGAGAACUCUCUAAGGUUCCUUUCAAUUGACGAUGUAGCACACGGGAUACCGAGCAUCAAUUUGGACCCCAGUAAAAGAUCACAGUCUGAAAAGUCCCAAGUCAAGCUUGAACUAUUCCGGGAACAAAAUAUGUUCUUUGAACAGAUCAAGGACUUAAAAAUUUCGGAAUUGCUAAUUCCGUUAAUGCAUUUACAGCUCUUAAGUGAUCAGGAAGCUUGUAAGUUGUGGAACGAGGUUUUUCCUCUGGCUUGGUCCACACUAGAUGGUUAUGAUCGUGAUGAUUUGUCAAAAUCUUUAAUUUAUUUACUCACACGUGAAUUCCAUAUUAAGCAAGUCAAUAAUCGUCCGAACGUUAUCGGGACACUCGUUUCGUCGUUUUGCAAUUGCUCACCAAAAAUUGAAUUACCUCCACAUCUCGUCAAGUAUUUAGGAAAACUUUAUGGUAUAUAUCACGAUGCCAUUAUAUUUUUGGAAGGUCAGCUGGAAAAUUCAGAGGAUCUUUACCAGAGCAUAAAAAUUCAGGAAAGUCGAAAUGAUGCCAUAUCUGAAUUGUAUGCUUCCUUAAGUGAAGAGGAUAUGUUUUAUGGGCAUUGUCGGCGAACCUCAAAAUAUUUGCAAACACAAGUUGCUUUGUCUUAUGAGCAACUCGGUAUGUGGGGAAGAGCUCAGCAGUUGUACGAGCAGGCACAGACCAAAGCGAGAAGUGAAGCGUUCCCUUUUUCUGAGUCCGAGUACAAUCUUUGGGAAGAUCAUUGGGUAUUAUGUGCUCAAAAACUACAGCAGUGGGAUGUUUUAACGGAGUUGGCAAAGCAUGAAGGUUCAUCAGAGUUAUUGUUGGAAUGUGCCUGGAGAAUUAGUGACUGGUCUAGCAACCGAGAAUCUUUAGAAGUCGCCAUCAAAAGUCUUUCUGAUAUUCCUACUCCCCGAAAACUAACAUUUCAGUCAUUUAUGACCUUGCAAAAAUCCUUAAAUCAACCGACGUCUGUGAAAGAAUUUCAUCAGACUCUAGCUGAAGCUAUACACUUAGCUUUGUUAAAAUGGCAUCAACUUCCUGAAAAAAUAAAUCAAUCGCACUUUCCUCUUUUACAUUUGUUUCAACAAUUCGUCGAAUUACAGGAGGCUUCUAAUAUAUACUCGUAUUUAAGUUCUAUAAACUCUCAAAAUCUUCCUACGAAUGUUCAAUGUAUAAAAAGCGCCUUACAGGUAUGGCAAGAACGUUUACCAAAUGUUUGGGAUGAUAUUGGUCUUUGGAGAGAUCUUUUAUCUUGGCGACAAAUAAUUUUUUCAAUGGUUAACCGAAUUUAUCUUCCUUUGAUUCCGAAGGUUCAAUCCACUGGCAAUGACCCUUCGUCGUCUUCUAAUACCUCGUUUUUCUUUCGCGGCUACCAUGAAACAGCUUGGCUGAUAAAUCGAUUCGCUCACGUUGCCCGCAAACAUAAGCUUCCUUCCGUUUGCUUGAAUCAACUUACUAAAAUUUAUUCGUUACCUAACAUUGAAAUUCAGGAAGCAUUUUAUAAACUCCGGGAGCAGGUCCUUUGUUAUCUGCAAAAUCCAAAAGAACUAAAGGCUGGACUGGAUAUAGUAUCAAAUACAAAUCUUAUGUAUUUUAAUUCUCGUCAAAAGUCCGAAUUUUACUCCUUAAAAGGAAAGUUUUUGGAAAAGUUGGGUAGAGAUGAUGAAGCUAACCAAACUUACGCUGCAGCUGUUCAGGUUGAUUUGGGCUUAUCGGAAGCAUGGGCAGAAUGGGGUCGAUAUAACGAUCUUAAUUUCCGGAAAUCACCAGAAAACAUCAGUGCUGCUUGCAACGCAGUAAGCUGUUAUCUUCAAGCCGCUGGUACUUAUGAAACUUAUCAUGCUAGAAAGAUGUUAGUUAGAGUAUUAUGGAUUUUGAGUUUGGAUAACGAAGAAAAAUUGAUAACAAAGAGUUAUGAAUCUUACAAAGGCGAAAUCCCAGGAUGGCACUGGCUUACGUUUAUUCCGCAGCUUCUUAAUAACCUUGCCAAAAACGAUAAGCGAGUCGCACCACAGGUUUUAAAGAAAGUAGCCAAGUCUUAUCCACAAGCAUUAUUUUUCCUUUUGCGGACUGCUAGAGAAGAGCUAUUUCAGUUGAAACGGGCUGAAACUACAAGCCAGGAACAACAAGCAGUUAAGUCAGAGACAACAGAGGAUUUUCCCGCAAAGCCUUCUUGGGAUUAUGCUGAUGAGAUAAUGUCGAUUUUAAAAACGGCUUAUCCAUUGAUGGCUUUAACUAUGGAAACCUUGGUUGAUCAAAUUCAAACUCGUUUUAAAGGUGAGAAUGAUGAGGAUGCAUUUCGACUUAUAAUUGCUUUGUUAAACGAUGCUAUGCAGCAUAGUAUUCGGUCCGGGAUAUUGACAGAAGAAACUAGACGUCCAUCUUCAACGGAAUCGAACUUAAGUUUAUUUGUGGAUAAUAUUUUACCAACACCAUAUAAGGAAAAGUUUAGGCGAGAAUUUAUUGACACUCCAAUGGGGUUGAAAGCAUAUAUUAGACAACUGAGAAAAUGGAGAUCAUAUUUUGAACGUCUUCUUGGUAAAGCCCCUAAAAAGCAAUAUUUGGAGCAUUAUAGUUCCUUCCUUUGUGAAUUUCACCAUCAGAAAUUUGAUGAAAUUGAAGUUUUUGGCCAAUAUCUGUUACACAAAGACAACAACAACAACUUUUCAUGCAUCGAACGGUUUUCACCGGAGGUUGAAUUCGUUGUCGGACACGGAGUUUGCUACCGAAAAAUCAUUGUUCGUGACAAUGGUGGAAAACUACAUUCUUUCGUAGUCCAGUAUCCUUCGGGUAGGAAUUGUCGACGUGAAGAACGCAUCAUGCAAUUCACCAGGUAUUUAAAUGAUGCAUUAAACGCCAACACAGAAACAAGACGUCGUUGUCUGAAUUUUUAUGUACCUGCGGCAGUACCACUAUCGUCUCAUAUACGACUGUUACAAGAUCAGCCAUCUUCUGUGUCAUUACAGAGAGUUUAUGAAGAGUAUAGUGACAUGAAGAAAUUUUCAAAAGAUGAACCUGCAAAUGCUUUUACCGAUGAGUUGUCAAAGUGGAUGCAAAACGCAGCAUCGCGAUUUACUUCCGAGUCUAAUGAAAGUGAAAAACAAGCUACAAAAAAGGAACUGUUCACGAAACGAUUCACGAUUUAUGAAGAAAUCCAAAAACUAUUUGUUCCUUCUACCAUGUUAAAGGAUUAUUUUAGCAACACUUUUACGAAUUUCUCUGAUUUCUGGCUUUUCAGGAAGAGUUUCUCUUAUCAAUAUGCUUGCUUUAGCUUUUUGACGUAUAUAUUGAGUAUUAAUAACCGGGUUCCCAGCAAAAUAUACUUUUCUAAGAAAUCGGGCAGUGUGUGGACUAGCGAAGCUUUGCCUGCAAUGAUUUCUUCGUCUCCUGUGUAUCACAAUGGGGAAGUGGUUCCCUUUAGGUUUACACCAAACAUUAGCGAGUUUAUUGGAAGAACGUGUAGGGAUGGUUUACUGGGUCCAUCAAUAAUGGCUAUUGCUCGUGCCUUAUCCAAACCAGGUUUUGAUUUGAAUAUGAUACUAGGCAUCUUUGUCGCGGAUGAUGUGCAAUGGUGGAUAAAUCAACACAAUAAGCCCCAAACUGCUGGGUUUGAUUUUAGGGAGAAAGUAAUCAGCAAUUCCGACCUUAUUGUUCGCAGAGUAGCGUCAUUAAGUCAGGUAGCUUUUGGUAAUUUACCCGUCAAUCAAACCGCUAUUGACUAUUUGACCCAGGCUUCAAGUGCUAAAGUUUUGGCCCAAAUGGAUGUACUGUGGGCUCCGUGGAUUUAA